UGUAAUCCGUAAGAAACGCUCCCAAAUUGCACGUUGGCGAGAGCUACGUAGCGAGCAGCGACGGGGCAGCUGAAGUGUUGAAGGAUUCUGAGCAUGAGCAGAAUCGUGGAUGCUGAGUGAGAAGAGAGAUGAGAGAUCAAGAUGAGAGUGACAACUGGAGCGAGUGAUAUUACGGUAAUGCAAGGGGCAGGUGUUAUUUUGUGAUAGCUAAUGGUAAACAAGAGUCUUGUCUGCUGAACAGAAAAACAAGGGAAAAUGGGGACUAGAGCAGCAGCUUUUACUGCGAAGAUUCGCAAUUUAAAUGAUUAUCACCUAAGGCUUCUACAUGGAGUUCUACCAGCACCUUCAGGGUUGGAUAUUGCCAACACUCUUAAGUACUUUUCACAAACAUUAUUAGGUGUUCUCCGUGAGAUUCAAGAGAGGCCAAUGGACAUGUUACAUCAGCGGAGUCAAGAUGCAACUCGUCUGGCCCUUUUUCCCAAUUUAGAUUACAGUGGAUUACAUCAGUCCAUUGUUUCAUUAGUUGACAUCAUGUCACUAAUACAGUAUGGAACUCUAGCUCUGGGACAAUCUGUGUUACAUACUUUGGCCUGCCUUAUUGUGUUUCUGGAGCGUAAUGUCAUCGAUACACUUCCCUAUUUGGUGGCAUCUAUGAUGACUUCUAUCCCAGAGUCAUUACACCAGCAGCUGAUAACAACGUUGUGUUAUCACAUCUUCCCUGUUACAGUUGGGGCAAUUUCUUCCGAGGGUGAGGAAGAAAAUUAUGCAGCUGCUUCUGUACCUGCUGUGCUCAUGAUGAUCUUCCAGUAUACUGACAAUUCAUCCCACCACUGUCAGUUACUGGAAUCGUUGAUGUCGUUGAAAUGUGACAUAGUGAAAGAUGUCGUGUGUGUCAUAGCCUACGGCACUCCGUCAUCAAGGCUUCCGGCUGCAAAUCUCUUAUUCUACUAUUGGCCAAGUCUAAAUCCUACUUUGUAUGAUCGUCGUGGUAUACAUAUUAAAUUCAGUGACAUAUCAAGUGUGUUGAAGGCAAUGUUCAAUAAAUCGGCACAGGCCGCGAAAAGUGAUUCGAUAUCCCAGACUGCAAAUUCUGACAGUGGGGAAUCGAAAAGUCCAAAAGGUUGGAAACCACUUAUGUGUCAGAUAGAGGAAUGUGAUGGUGAUGGUACUUCAGAGGCUGUCAAAGUUUGUUUUGACCAUGCUGUUUGUCUGGGAGCAUGCCCAGAUAAUCCACCACCUCUCUAUUUGUGUCUUGAUUGUGCUGAAGACAUCAGAAGACAACACAGCACUGUUGAAUUUUUCGAUAUACUUAUGCCUAUGGCACAAGUGUCGGCUACUUGUGAGAAUAAGAACUGCCGGUCCUCAGAGAAAAAUGCCAUAGCUACAUGCUAUAGCAUGGAGUGUGCAAGCUACAACAGCAAUCGGCCUAUUCGGUACUGUAGCCAGUGCAAUAACAUCAGGCACAACAACAGACGUGGGACAGAUCAUAUUGUACACACUACCAUUGGCUCUCCUUGGGAAAUGGACCCACAGAUGCAGAAUUUCACCAUUGAGGCUAUUGUAAGUUUAUUGAAUGAGGCUCAGCCAUUUGGAGAUAAGACGAAGAGCAAGGAUCAUGACCGCCUCAACAGAGCAGGUCUCUUGGAUGAUGAUCAGCCUGAGGGCCUUACCCCUGAGGAGUCUCGUUCACUUAGCCGGUAUGGCAUUUGGUUAAUUGUAGGCCUAUGUGCACCUACCCAAGACACACCAGUGGAAAUGCUUGGACGUCUUCUUGCAGCAAUGUGUCACUGGUUUAAUGCUACACAGUAUCUUCCAGAUGAUCAACAUGGAACAGCUAUUGAGAGACUGAAGUCAGAAAAUAUUCACAAUUGGCUUCAAGAAGUUUGCAAGACGCAUUUUGAUGUAUUUGUUUCAUGUCUGCUUCCACAUCCAGUGGAGUAUGCUCGUGUUGGGGGUCACUGGGACACGUUGGCAACUCGAACUGACCACAUAAAGGAAGGCUUUAACCGCUUGUUUUGUCUAGUGCCGUAUGAAUUGGUGACUGUGCAGGUAUGGGAUCGCGUUAUGCCCCAUUGGAUGGAAGCAAUUCACAAUGAAAUACCGGAGGAAGAACUCGCCGAAAUGAAAAUCACGUUGAGCAAAUUACUCGAUGCUGACAUGAGCCCGCUUGGUUUUGAUGCUAAUCAAAUGUACAGAUUUAUAAGUGUGCGUUUUGUCAACACUUCAGCUUCAGUGCAGGAACAGACAUUAUCAUGGCUUCAGAUUUUGUCAUCCAUAGACAUUGUUAUUCCCAUGAAUUUGCUGCUGACCAUGUUUCAUGAUGGGGUAACAGCCCUUUGCAACUCACCAUCAGCAUCAAGGAAGACAAGCACAUCAGGGAGGCCCUGUGCUUCUGUUUUAGAACCUGUAGUUGAGGACGAUUCUCAUAGCAGUUCGGCUCUUUCCGAUGAUGAAAGGCCACCAUCAGAUCAUCCAGAGGAUCACUAUUCUGACCCAGAACUUAUUUUGACAUGCUUUGUGCUGAUGUUGGAUGUGUUAUUCAAACAGAUGGAAGUGCAGGAAGUAGAGAAGCAUCAAGGACUGGAUGGAAAGGAGAGUGUCCCUGUCAUGACACUCGUCCGUGACAUGUUAGGUUCCUCAUGCUUGUCCCCUCACAAGUGUGACGGAGAACAAGAAUGUACAACAUGUGAACUUACAACAGUCUUUUAUCAGCUGGAGAUGGAUGUUGUGGCUUAUUUGUGUCCACGGGCUGCUAUUCAGAACAACAGGGUGGCAGAUAUUAUUCCUCAAGAAGUAGAGUCAUCUCAAGCUAACAAAAGUCCUGAGUUAUCUUCCCACGAUGUUCAGACUGGAAGUACUGGACACUCUCCUAAGCCUUGGCCUCCACCCCCAGCAAAGGAAGGGGGUCUCAUGUCAAUAAUGGCCAAUAUGCCUCAGAUUGUCACUGCAACAGUUGAAACUGUAGGAGAAUUGGAUAUAGCAGCAAAUAUGCCCCAGGAGCAUGUGGUGAAAGCAGUGGCUAGGGCUGUCACAUUAACUGAGGAGGAUGUAGCAAAUGCAACUGCUAAUGUUGCUAAACCAAGUGUUGUUGGAGAGGACGAUGAGCCAAUAGAUACUACGCAACAAGAUGAUGAAGACUCUGGUUCCUUUUGGAUAACUUCCCAGGGGAAGUUCAAGUUUAAACUUGAAGAAUUGCCUUCACAUCUUCAGGUUAUCUACACAAUUUUACUUGGACUUGAGACUUCAGAAGACGGAGAUGUUAUUUAUCAUAUGUGUGAAUGCUUGAAGUAUUUAAUUCUGCAUGGUGAAGCUAUGGCUCAUGCUGCUAACGAUCAUCGAGGUUUUCUGAUAUGGUGUCAAGAAAACAAAUCUGUAAAAAUUAUGUGGUCCCUGAUUGAGGCUGAAUGGUCACACAUUGCUGAAGUGGGUGUGCAGUUGCUGCUUCACUUUCUGACUUUGCCUUGUGGUGCAGACAUCUUCUGGAAGCUUUGUGAAAAUAACUUCACCCAUCAGGACUGGAAAGUAAGAUUUCAAGCAGUUGAAAAGGUGGUUGUCAUUGGAAGAUUCUUGGGUGUCUCUUCAGUGCGCCAUUGUCCAGGACUUCAAGCAGCCAUAGCACAUGCAUUCUGCUUUCUUAUUGCUUCACUAGAUGACAUCAAUGUAUCAGUAGCCCAAAGGGCCUCAUUGUAUUUGACAACACUACCAGACAGUGGACUCCGAGCUCUGUGCUGGUGUUUAGAGCAACAGUUUGACAGCGUUAUUAUGGACAGGCCAAUGAUUAUUCAAGCAUUGCAUCAACUCAGUUCUCGUCUACCGGAUCGACGAAUUCUUACCUGGGAUUUCUUCUUCAAUCGAUUUGAUGCUCUGUAUCUGGAGGCACAAAUAGCUUUGGAGAAAUAUGGAGAUAUUGCUUUCCCAAGGGACUUGAAAAAUUCAGAUAUGACAAGUGAUGUGUUUGAGAGGAAGUUGAGUCGAGCGAAGGAUGCUCUCACUUUGGUUCAGAGUGCCAGUGUAAGAACGUUAUCUGGAUCUUUGGGCACCAAGUGGCCUUAUAAACGAACCAUGUCGGCCCCUGCUAACAUGUUUAAUCGUACUGUUGAAAAACAAGACUUUACUAUAAAGGGGCUUUGUACUAUGCCCUGUAAACUGUUUGAGGCUUACUUCAUUGACGUAAUGCAGGCUGAUGGAGGCAUGCGUUGUGGUGGCGAUGACGGUUCAAUGGUGCAUCAGUUGCAAAAGGCAAUGGACCUCGAAGAAACAGAUAAGGACACUCUUCAUCUUCUGGUGUUCUUAUUUAUGCAGUUCCUUUCACAACCUUUACAUGCUGAUGGAACCACAGAAGGUAAAUUAACUGGAAACCAUAAUAUGACAUUGGUUCUUCGACAUCUAUCUGUACUGAUGGGUUUCAGUCCAACGGAACAUUGUUUUUCAGUCUCUCCUGCUCGAUUGCGAUCAUCUCCUGUUUUUAAUGCUUUUCUGUCAAAUUUGCCACAUGUCUUGGACCACAAUUUCAAAAUGGGAACCUCACUUCUCCCUACUUGCCUACCUGUUCUCCAGUUUUGUGCAGCGCCGCAUAGGGUUGUUGAUCUUCGUUAUCCAGCUUUCAGUUUAUGGUGCUUGCAGCCACAUCCAAGACGAUACUGGCUAAGUUCAGUCUUGACAUUCUUGUAUAAAUAUGAAUACAGCCAACACCCUUUAUCAGGACAAGCGUUAUCCCUGGUACAGAUUGUCAUGAACACCAUAGAUAAUCAUUAUCAUCGCUGCAAAAAAAUAGAUGAUCCCACAUUGUGUGCAGCUAGCUCUGCAUAUUCCAGGGAAGUGAGCCAGGGAUCCAUAGGUGGAAAUGAUGGAGAACAUCAGGGUGAAUCUCCACCGCUCUCUCCCAGUGUGUUUCCUGGUGCUGGUGCUGGUCGAAUAACAGUGACUAAAGGAGUUGCACAAGAGACCAGAGCUCAGUACCACGAUCAAAAAGCUGUGUAUGUCCCAACCAUUCAGGAUUCACGAAGUGUGGUAUUAUAUGAAACCAUGAAACAAAUUGAAGAUCGUAAAAGUAGAAAGAAUAAUGUUGCAAGCCUUGGUCCUGACUGCGAUGAUGCUGAACCAGAGUUAGAAGCCAUUCCAGAAAGCCCUAAAACGGAUAGCCCAAGCUGUCAUGAACUAUGUGACCUUGAACCUUACGAGAAUAUUUUAGUGGAAGAACAAGCAGUCAUGCGGGUAGAGCACAAUCAUAGCUCCAAAGCUCUGGUUUCACUCACACCUUGUGCUGUGCCAUCUUCAGCCAUUGCUACAGCAUCCAUAGUAGUUCCCCAGAAGAUAAGAGCACAGGCAGUAACAUCAGUAAUGGCUUCUCAGAUACAAGCAUUUGAUGAGUCCUUCACUGUCAAGAUUCAUAAUGCAGAGCUUGCUCCACUUGGAGUGGAUACAGAAGAUAAUGAAAGAAUUGUGAUGGCAAGUUUAACUGGGAAUGGUAGCGACAAUGAUGAUAACUACAAGCACAAGUGGUUUUUGGGAGAUGAUUCUGAAGAGGCCAGUAGCCCCGAGGUCCUAAAACAGGAUGGGAGGGAUGGAAAAUAUGCACAUGGUAACAGCUAUCGUCAAUAUCCAAAAUCAAAACAGUAUGGAGCUGAAAAAUGUGGAACUUCUGAUGUAGGAUGCAGUCUGGAAAAAUCCUCGGAAAUUAGAAUGAACAGGGCUGUCAUUUGUGAAGUACCGACCAUGGAGAGGGCAACUCUGGCAGAAGCCACUGUUGUGGAAGCUCGCAUAUGUGACCCUGCAGCAGUAGAAAAUGUUUCAACUGAAGUAGCUCGAAUUGUUUCUGAACCAAGUGAAGCUUCUUCACACCAUUCACAAAUCCACCGAUCACCACAGUCUCCUUUAUCAAUGAUGGAUCUUAUGACAUUAGGCUCUCCUGUUGAAUUAGAUGGCCAGCUGAGUACUACAAUAGACUCUCCAAAUGAGAUGGCCUCUUCCCCUGAUGCUUUGACAUUGCCAACCCCUGAAAGGCUCUUACCAGUUGGUGGAGAGAAGACAACACCAAGCAAGAAGUAUGAGGAUCACCACCCUGGUUCGAUUUUUGAGCGGGUGUGGCAAGCCUUUGGUGGGUGGACAAAUGGCAGCAAGAGCAGUAACCAAAGCAGUGAUGGUGAAUUGGUGGAAGUAGUAGCGCACAAGGAAAGUCAUAAAUUGGUGAAACAAAAGGAACUGUCAAAUCGGGGACUUAGUGAUAAGCAAGAACAAGUAAAUACAUCCACCGAAGAAACGACUGAUACAUCUAACUCAGGCACAACUACAAAUAAUUCGGGACCAGUGGAUCUGUGUCCUGGCAAAAUUGGAAUGCGGAGCAGAAAUAAGCCAGUAUCAGUAGAGAGUGAAGAAGACCCAAGCAAUGAUGCCUUUGGAUGGAGUGAUCACAACACUUGCAACGCUUCUGUUCGUGGAGGAGUAACAAGCGCCAAUCCUCAAGGACCUCCACCUCCGUCGAUCAAGCAAUCAGCCCUGAGAGUGGGUGACGACUGUAUAGCAUACAGAUGUAUGGAAUGUGCCGAGAUCAUCGAGGAAUUCUCCAAUGAUGAUUUAGGAUUAUGUAUCAUUAUUCUAUCCACAUUUGUGUAUCGUCAGCCUGGUCUUGCAGCACCACUUCUCCCAAGGAUGCUGAAAACUGUUGCAAGGGUGGCCGAUAGCGAGGUAUUUUCUUGGCAGUAUGAGAGUGCAAUUCAUUUCCCAGGCUCAGCUACCAGCAUUGGAAGACAGUUUUUGCGUUGUGUUUUACACCAGUUAGCUCCUAACCAAAUCUUCAACCAGAUAUUUUAUACAAAUAUUGAAGAAUAUCAUCGACUACAGCUCUUUAGAACCAUAGCACAGGCGUUAACAGAUUUUAAUGAACUAAAUCCUUCUGCACCUAUUCAGUUGCUUUUAGAGAAUCUGAACAGCAAGAAAGUCUUGCCAACAGAGAAUCUCUGUCACCUUCUUGGUAAUGUUGCCUUGUAUAUGGAAUGCGUAAGUCAAGAUGGAGGUGGUGGCUUGAAUUCUGGUCUUGUUCCACUGUUUGAGACGUUUUUGCGUAAAGUUCUGCUGGGAGUUAACCUGUUAGUGGACCUCAAUCCUGUCUUGCGGAUUUUAGUAGCAGUCCUAAAAAUUAUUGGUGUAGCUUCACAUAAGAGCAUCUUAGAUCCAGUCUCAAAACUUGUAAGCCAUGCAAUUCAAAAUUCACCCAUGAAAUAUGAGCAUCUCAGUGACCUUUGCCACCUGUGCAAUAGAAUUUUCUCAAGGGAGAGAGACAAACUAUUACUUUCACGUCUGGUUGUAUACGAGUUAGUCCAGGCACUGAAGUUCAAAACAUCCAUUCCUGAUACUAAUUUAGUUCUUCUUGUACAACUAGUUGUUCAAGAUAGUGGCGGAACACUGGGCAGUAACAGUGUUGUGGGAGACUUACCGAAGGAUGUCCAAGAUAUUCACAAUCUACCUAACACCUGUGCUGCUGAGUGUAUGCGAUCACACCUUCACGAUGCUUUAGAAUUCAUUGCUGAUGUGCACACACUCACGAAAGUUAAGUCUAACUGCAGAGCUAGCGUUGGCCUUAAUGAAGAUACAAUGGGGGGCCUCAUUAAAGCAGGUAUAUCUCAGUAUAUUGCUCUAGAGAUCACCCGAGGAAAUAACCGGGACAACAGAGCAAUAGCUAAAUAUCUUCCAUGGCUUAAUAACCCUCCAACAGCAGUUCAACAAGGGCAAAAAGAAUUUAUUGACUGUGUUUCUCAUAUCCGUUUGCUGUCGUGGCUUUUACUUGGUGGACUUACACAUACAUGUCUGAUAGGAAACUCGGCUUCAAUGAUUUGUCAGCCGAUUCCACCAGAAGCCUCAUGUCAUAUUGCAGAUCAUAUCCAGAUUAUAUUAGGAGGGUUUGCUGAACAAUCAAAAGCAUCAGUGCUUCACAUGUCUUCACUUUUCCAUGCAUUCAUCUUAUGCCAGCUUUGGACAGUUUAUCUGGAGCAAGGAAUAGGAGGUUCACCUAAUAAUGACACCAACACAAGUAUCUCAGCCAUUUUAACAGAUUUCUGGGCUAAAGUUACACCAGGUAUUCUUCAGCUUGUGUCACAUUCUAAAGUGGAAUCAGAAGCAUCCCAGUUAGGUGAGAUGGUAAAUCUACAUUUCCUGAGUUUGAUGGAAGCCCUUCAUGAGUGCCGUUCUACCGUCCUCACCAAGUUAAUUCCACUGUGGGCUCCUGUUCUAUACACUCAUCACACUAAGCUGCCUGGUCAGUUGGCAGUGAGACUGCAAGCCUGCCAGAAUGCUGCUCCGCCCACAGAGCCCGAUUCCCCAUCAUCCUCUUCAAUGCAUAACCUUCUUCGUUGGCUGCACAGAUUGCAGUUCAAAAUGGGACAGAUUGAGCUACAAUCUUCAGCUGCAACUCAGUUUUACUCGGUUUAAUAAGGAAAUCAUCGGCAGAUGAUCUUGUGCAGUAAAUAUUAUUACACGACUUUCGUAAGUUUUAGAAGUGAGUAUUCUGAUUUAUGCAUUGUCAUGCAUGCUAAGUACAACAUUCCCAAUAAAGCAUCAGAUGUACUUACAUGUCACAGAGAAAGGAAAUGCAUAAAUGCAGGAAUUAACACGAGUACAAUGGAGAUUUAGUUACUAGUUGUUUCAAAAAAAUUUCUGUACUAAUAAUGGUAGGUCACAUUUCGAAUUCACAUACUCAAGCUGUUGCUGUAUGAACCACAGCGAAGUAGCCUAAAAUUCAAGACUUUUUGUUAGGUAAGGUAGAAGCUUAUCUCAUGCAAUGCUUUUUUCACUAUUAAUUUAAUGCACACUGUGUUCGCAGAUGAUAAAGAUAUUUAACAUAAAUCUGAAACAAUUGGAGUCCAUGACAUUAUUCAGUGAAGCCUAUGGAUUAUUUCUUAAUGUAUUUUUAGUAAAAAUUGGCUAUAAAUGUGAAGUACAAUCAGCUAUAAUAUGUGAUUUGUAUUAGGUAUGUUUUAUAAAGUAACUGAUACAAGUAUAUUUAGACAAUAUGUAUAAGCAAGUUGAUAUUAUCAGGGGAGGAGCUAAAUUGAUGGACUGAUUAGUUGAUAAUGGCCUUGCAUCACAGGCUACUCGUUUUUUCCUUUUCACAGUGCUACUAUAUCUAGACUUCUGUUGCUGCUAAUAAUAUGAAUUUUCUUUAUUUGUAGAAUGUACUUGGUCAUUUGCAUCGAAUUUCGGAUAAUGAGCUUUCAAUAACUUGAGCUUUACAUAGGAUAUCAUAAUAUUGCAUUUAAAAUUGGAUCUACCUAUUUCGUUAAUGCUCAUUGGUAUAGGGUAAAAGAAGAUUUUCUUGGUUUUUGCCAGGUAGCAAUAUAUUGAGAUGACUGAUAUUGCCAUCCAUUGAGUAGCAGUUAUCUUUAGAAUUAUACCCCCAAUCAAAAUACAGACAUUUACCUAAUUUUGGAGUAUGUAUGCCAUACAAACCACAGAUUACUGCCAAUUGUGCUAUGUUCGGUGUUAUUUGUUUAGUGUACUAUAUUCGUUACUAAAACCAAGAAAGUUAGAAACAAGCAUCAUUUGAUAGCAGUAUUGUCCUUGACUUUGACCUCUUGAGAUACAUACUUAAUAUGUUAAACAUUGUCUCUAAACAGGUACCAGAAUGCUGUAAAGUCGCUUAAAUUUAAGAUCACAAGGUAUGACCCACAGCUUGGAGGAUAGGGACGUAAACAUUGUGUAUGAGCCAGUCAGCUACCUUAAUUAUGGAGGCAAGCCAUGGCUUCUGGGCGAAUUCAGUUUAUAGCGACUGCGAUAGACAUGAAUUACGUGUUCAGCUUUGUACAGUAUAUUACUGAAAGACUAUACUGGUGAAAAGUAAAUUAGGAAUUGAAAGUAUGUCAGGCAGAGGAAAAAUAUAUGUUCCAUUUAUAUGACAUGCUCUCAGAAUUAAAAUCAUUACUCAUUUUGAACAUGUCUUAUGUCAAAUUUUUUAUUACAUUAAAUGUUUCAAUGUGGAACUUGCUGUAUUUAUUAUUAUUAAGGACAGUAAACUUGAAUAAAAAUAAUAAGAUAGUUUGUUGAUAAGCCGAGUCUUUUAAUAUUGAGGCUGCUUCUGAAUACUGUAUUACUUUUAAAGAAAUUGUGCUGUAAUAGGUACCCAAACUAAUGAUAUCUGGUAAAGGUAACUUAUACUGCAAUACAAUACUUACUGCAGAGAAACAGUGUACUAUUUAGUUAGAGUAGAGAGGAUAAGAAGAAUCCUUUUAACCAUCACCCAGUGAUGGUGAUGAUGUCGUGAACCUUCUUAAUGUGUUGCAGAGACCGUUUGAAUACUAUAUGACAGACAAACAAAGAACUGUACAAGCCAAAGACAGUCAAAAGUACAGUAUAUGGUACAGUAAUUGAUUAAGAUAAAAUGAUUGUGAAGAACCACUAGGCUACUGAAGAAGAUUAAGAUACAAAAAUGUACAAAACAGAACUGUAAACAACACUAAAAAAGUGCAGUGACUGAAUUAAGGACCGGGAUUCACAAAGCUUUGGAUAUUUUUUUUUCAAAUGUUUAUGGUAAAUUAACAUUGUUGGUUAUAACCAUUUUACAUUUAUAAUGUAUUUUCUGUGUAAGUGCUCACCUUUAGUGUGUAUUUGUCAGGCCUUGGUAUAUGAUAUAUUAUUCUUAAUCUCUUAGAACAACAUUUUCUUUAUAUCUUUAUCCUUCCUUGUAGUGGGAUAGUGCCGUGAGGUGCACUGUGAGCAUUAUUAAAGGGUGCUUACAGCAUCCCUUUAGCAUCUACUUUACCAUCAUUUCCGUUUACCUCAAUCUUGCUGUAUAACCACUUCAUCAUCUUUGUACAGUCUUCAGCGUUGAAUGGUUAAAUGCCCCACUGGUUGGGUUUACAUCCAAAUUUCAUAAACUAACCAAUUACUUCUUUUAUAUGUGGGAAUUAUGAAAUUAAAGAAUUAAAAGAUUAUAAAACUCACUUUUGAAUUAUAUAAACAGUUGGUAUUUAUAAUCGCCAACUGAACUGAAUCAUAGAUUGGUUUAAUUAUUAUUGCUAAAGACUGAACAAAAGAAAGGAUGGGUGAGGUUUAACCAUGCAGGAAGCAGUAAACUUGUCUGUAAGUUAUGAGUCAGGAAAAACAAAAGCAGAAAGAGAGGAUUCCAAAGUUCACUUGACUGAAGGUAAAAGUCACUGAACAGUGUAACCUGAGACUUACUGCCCUCCAAAGAAUAUACUAUACUUGAAGAGGUUGCUUGACGGGUCUUACGAGGGUACUUGACAGGAUGAAGAACCCUCCUACUGACUUCAGUGAAACAAGUGAUUAAUGUACCUGUAAAAAAGAGAAGCCACAAUGUAGUGGAGAAAAUGAGAAUUGCAAGAUAAUGCAAGGCUGACUUAGCCAAUUGCUUUUGAUUCAGUCCUGUUUAGGAGGGAGUUUAUCAAUGAACCCACUCAAAAUAUGAAAGCAAUGCCUCUCCAAAAACUACGUACAGGCUUUACCAAUUAAGAAAACAAUUCCAAGCCACAGAACUGCAGUCAGAAACAGAUGGCUAAUUUUUAAAGAUACAAGACAAUCACAAACUUUGUAGGCAUUCUUGGCAAGCAAUAGGCUUAAAUGAAGAAUGUCAGAGAGUUAGAAGCAAUGGGGUGGCAGAGUCGCCUUUUCAGUAGCAAAGGAAGCUAAAGAUCCAUCUACGUGGAAGAGGAUCAGAAAAGUCAAUUGUACAGAAAUUGAGAAUCUCAUUGGCAAGGGACCAGAUAUUUGUUAAUCGGGAGACAACCCAAGGUACUGUAAACAGCCUACAUUUUUAGCGCAACAAAAUGUUGAUAUUUGCUUGAAUUAUACGAAAUACUUCUGAAAUAAACCUAUUUUCUCACAGGUUAUAGAAUUACUGGUUUUGUCUUUGACAGUCUGAAUAUAUGAUGUAGAAAACCCUUAUUUUAUCACCAAUUAAAAUAUCUGUAGAUAAUAGUAUAUAAGCACCAUACUUGUUAGCAGUUUGAAUUUCUUUAGGAAUGAAUUGAAUUUAAUGAUGUUAUGAAAAUUAUAUUUCUGCUGUUUUGUUUUGGAAACAAAAUUUUAUUGCAAGACUUGUAACGGUACAAUGUCAGUAUUUAGAGAGGUCGAUCAUUUUUUCAAGUUUCUAUUUAUCAGGUAAGUACAUUUUGUCCUGAUAUCAAAACCAGAAACCUCAUGUGUAUAUUCAUGUCAUGGAAAAUUAAGUUUAUUUACUAGACAAAUGAUGGGAGACUCAAGCUUGUAUGAUGUAGGUUUGCUUCUGUCAGAACUAAAGAUAUAUGAUAUUUUGAUGCAAAAUAAGAGUCAGAUAUAUAAACAAAAUAAUUUAUAUUAUUACAGAGUAUAUUAUAUAGAUUUUAACAAAAUUAUGAGUGUAAUAAAUAUGGAACACUAUUAAUAAAGAUAUUUAUAGAAACUGAU